AUGCGGCCCAUGGAAGCGCAGCCUUCGGACUUUCGUGCCUUGGCUUUGCCCUGCCCUUCCCUUCAUAACCCCUGCCAGCAUGUCCUUUACUGGGCCUCCCCUCUCGACUCUCGACCAACGACAACGGUCGUUGAACGAUGCUGGCAAACGCCCCGUCGUACCCCCACUUUCCAUGGACACUUGAAUCCUUGCUUGCUUCUCGAGGGGCUGACCAUGGAAUCCCAUCAUCAGAUGGCCUUCCUUGUCUCGGUGGGGACACAAGACCUGGAUAUCUUGUGUUACCCUAAGAAACUCGGUCUUUCUCAGCAAAGGGACGAAUGCGAGCAUCUUGUUCAUGCCCCCAAGACCCAAACUGCGGAUAGCUCCUUCUCUUCUGACAAGCAUUGGCCCCAGCCCUGCUGCUGCACUUUGUACAUGUACAACGAUCUUAGAAGGCAUCAUCCCCUGUCCCGCCACCUCCUUCUGCUGAAGAACUUCUUGCUAAACCCUCUUCCUUCCUUCGGCAACCAUCGGGUCUUCCUUGUCGGCACAAACGCAUACCAACGCCUCGUUUUCCUCUUGGGUCUGUCUUGGUCGUACGGCGGACACAUUUCACAGCCUACCUCGGUAUUCCUCGAGUUGGAGGAGGACUCCUCUCUCACGCAACAUACCUAUCAGAACAUAAUCAAGUAUUGGUGCUUUCUGGAGUCCCUCGAUCACAUUAUUGUAUUCUCUAUAGUUCCCUAA